UCUGAGAGCUCUUCAUUGAGAAAAAUCCACAGCCAAGCGUUUAUUCGUGGAGCUGCAGGCGAUGUAGGGGCGAAAAAAAAACAAAAAAAAAAAAAAAACUGCGCCCUUAUUAUUUUUAAAUUACUCUUCCAACAAUAACUUCACUACCCAGGGUGAACUGCGCUGCAACAUGGACGGCUUUUACGAUCAGCAGGUUCCUUUUAUGGCGCCUGAGAGUAAGUGCCACACAGAGGAGGAGAGGGGACUUGGCGACAGACGGAGGAGGUUCUUAGACACGGAGCUGGCUCAGGACACAGAAGAGCUUUUUCAGGAUCUGAUCCAGCUCCAGGAAAUAUGGAUUGCAGAAGCUCAGGUUCCUGAUGACGAGCAGUUUGUCCCAGAUUUCCAGUCCAAUAACUUGAUGCUUCAUGGACCGCCUGUCAGUAAAGUGAAGCGGGAGCCCAGUCCGUCCAAAGACCUGUCUCCCUGUGGGACUCCCCAGACUGACAUGUGCCUUUACAGUUACAGUGCCUGUGAAAACAAACCAGGUCCAGCCAAUGCACCUGCCACACAGUGCAGCUCCAUCCACCCUGCGAGACCUCCACCCUUGCGGAGGCAGCUGCAGCCUUCCCCGCCUCAGAUGAGCAGCCGAGCUCCACCUUCCAACCCCUUCCACCACCAAAACCUCCCACAGGCCAACCAAAACCAGCAGUUCGCGCUGCCGCGUACCCCCGUCGGCUGCUCGCCGCCGGCGGCUUUCAGCACAGAGCAAAGGUUCCACCGGCAGCUGUCUGAUCCCUGCCUGCCCUUCCUGCCUCCAGAGAAAACCCAGAACCCGCUGUUCCACCCCUCCAGUUGCGACGGCCGGCCUCUGUACCAGCGCCACCUGUCGGAACCCGUCGUCCCCCUCCCACCCCGCGGUUUCAAGCAGGAGCUGGUGGACCCACGCUACCCUGACCCGGGGCCGGCCGGUCCAGGUCUGGCCCCGCCCCAAGCCAACUUCAACCACGUCAAAAUAAAGCAAGAGCCAAGAGACUUCAGCUUUGAACAUGAGGUUCAAACCUGCCAGUCGACAUUUGGAAAAUCUCCAGUUCUAUUUCAGAAAAACAAUGCUGGAUUUGGUCCUGACAGGGAGCCUCUUCGGUACUUUGAUGACACCUGUGUUGUACCAGAGAGAUUGGAAGGCAAAGUGAAGCAGGAAGGUUUGCCGUACCAGCGCCGCGGCUCCCUGCAGCUCUGGCAGUUCCUGCUCACGCUGCUGGACAACCCGGCGAACAGACACCUGAUCGUCUGGACGGGACGCAACAUGGAGUUCAAACUGAUCGAUCCAGAAGAGGUGGCUCGCCUUUGGGGCAUCCAGAAAAAUCGACCAGCCAUGAAUUACGACAAGCUGAGCCGCUCGCUGCGGUACUACUACGAAAAAGGCAUUAUGCAGAAGGUAAAGGUUGCCGGGGAAAGGUACGUCUACAAAUUUGUGUGCAACCCCGACGCGUUGUUCUCCAUGGCAUUCCCAGAAAACCACAGGCCGAGUUUGAAAGCAGACCUGGACGCCAUCUUGCCUCCCAGCGAGGAGGACGGCUUCCCCCUGCCCAGCUACGAGGAGGACGGUCCGUACCUGAUGGACGGAGGGGAGCAGUGUGUCCAGGGACUGGCUUUCCCCGACAGCUACCCGUACUAGCAGCUGGAAGGGAAAAAAACCACAAUAUUACUGUAUUUUACAAAACGAGGCGAAACCUAAAAUUACUGAGCAACAUUUCAGAUACGAAUAUUUCCUUUGUUUUCUUGACAAGAAGUUUUUUGGGUUUUUUUUUUUUUAAUUUCAAUGCAACCGGAAAAGCUGGAAAUCUGAGUCGCUGAGACUGUUAAACCUGCUUCUUCAACGAAGAAAACAAACUUCAGUUUUCAUCCAGAUGCUUGUGUUGUUGGGCAUUUCAAGGAUAAUCGUUGCGUUUUUAGAGGAAAGGUCGGUCGUUUUUAAUUGGGACACGUUGUGAGAACAGCAAGAAACCUUAACAUUGAAGCCUAGAAGAUGUCCUAACGUUUAAUUUUAUAUAAAAUAAUUGCGAGUUUUGCCCCAUAAACAAAUAUCCAGUGGCGGUUCUUGAUUACUCAGUGGGCCAGCAUGCAUGCAUUCAUUUAUUCAUCGUUUUUGUUGGUUCUCAAAUAGAAUAUUACUUGACUUUCAGAAAUUAUUUUAAAUAAUGUUAUCAGUAUUUAACUUUUCAUUUAAACUUUGUAUAUACUGCGAUUUUUAUGCUUGUCUCAAUCUCAAACAUCAACAGUUUUGUUUCUUUUAAUCUGUCACAGCACUAAAUUGGUGGACAGUGGACUUAAUUGCAUUUUUGUUGUUGUUGCCUCCCCCUAAUAGAUGACACCCUGGAUGGUAAGCCACAUUUUUCAUAUGAAAAAGCGCCACUGCGGUCAGAUUUUGGAGAGUUUCUCUUGAUCACAUGAUUCAAGCUGUAACUCUACGGCUAAUGUCUGUAGCAUUUUUCUUCUAAAGAGGCAUCUGCACUUAAGCACAGAUAUGCAGUGUUUUUGUCCCUCGCAAACCUCGUCAUCAACUUUUUCUUAGUGUUUCAGUUGCAGCUUUUCCAUUUCUUGUUGGUUUCUUUGUCGAUGGUGGUAAUUUUGUAGCAUGGCCAUCGCUUCUGUUCUCGAAUUUGUAAACUCUGGGACCUGUUUGGCAGCCAAAAACAGAAACCUUUAAGCCAUGGCAUUCCUUUUUUGAUAAUUUAAUAAGCAUAUUAUCCAGACUGCUUGAAAGGGACGCUCUUGUAUUUCCUGGACCGUAUAAUCCUGAAUCAUCUAUGUUGAAAAUGUCUUUUUGUGUACAUUUUUUUUCCCCUUGGGUUUUAAAGCUAAUAUUUUUAGCGGUAUACGGACUUGUAUGUAUUUCCUAUAACAGUUUAUGAUGAAAGUAUCGCUUGUAUUUUUUUGGAUUCUGUACGACUGCCACUCUUACGCUUAUGAAAGGCAUGUUUUUUUCGAAACGCCUCACCACUUAAUGUACCGAGAUAGUUUUCUGCAUUUUUGUAUAAUUUGUUUGCUUCAGUGUGUAGAAAAAAGAAAAGUGUAUAAUUAUAUAUGGAUAUAUUUUUGCAAAAGGCUGUAUUUGCUUGCAAAUAUGUUGCAUCAGCUCUCUGAGGAGGAAGAACUCUCUGAAUCCUGCAGGCAGAAGAUGUUCCUCAUAUAUUUUACUAUAGAUCCUGACGCUGGUGUGACUUUUACCCUCAGAUACUGUAUUUGUGCCUUCUGUUUAUCUUUACUGAUAAAAUAAACUAUUUUACUCUUUUA